ACGCGAGUGAGCGAGUGAAUCAAAUCCGCGCUGUUCAGUUUCGACAGGGCCACAGGAUCACGCAUUGACAGAGUGCAUGAUGUGCUGCAUUCGCUCCGUAGCAUCAACGUCGCCGGCGCUGGCACCGGACCACCGACAAGGAGACGCAAAGCUGGCAACGAAACCCGGGGCGAACUGCACCCGGGCAGCCGAAGAGGUCGCCGCAGUGCAGCCGCAGGACCAUCAGCUGCACCAGGACAUCCUUGGGCGGGCGACCCGUACCACGCGCCAAGUGCUGACGGUCAUACGCGAUCGCGCGCAACGGUGCCAGCAAAGCACGCCGUACAGAAUAUUGACCAGCACAACGCAACCGAGCCACGCGAUAACGGCCAUCGUGACGUCGCUGGUGCUGGUGGCGCUCUGGCCGAACCUGCUCGGAUCAGACGGAGCUGCCGGCGGAUCGUAUCGCACGCCCGUGGAUGCAGCGGACCGGAAGCAGAAUGUGGCUAGCCAACUGUUCACGCAGCUCGCCUAUCUCGGCUCGUUCACGAUACACUUCGGUGCGCAAAUCUGGAUGACGUUCGUAUCGGGCUUGGCUUUGUACUUUUCGCUUCCGCGGCACACCUUUGGGCUGAUCCAGGAGGUCCUCUUCCCAAAGUACUUCGCACUCGGGACCGGGCUCAGCACAAUCAGCCUUAUCAGUUUCGUUGAGCUGCGACGGAACCAUCGACCGGAACUAGCCCACCGGCCCCUCGCUUACUGGGAACCGGCCGAUCUGCUGCAGAUCGUAGUGCUCGCCCUAACCGCAGCUCUUGAGCUCAUUGUUCGCCUCUACCUUGCACCUCCGAUGCUGCGCCUGAUGCACGAAAAGCAUCGCAUCGAGGCGAAGGCCAGCAUCGGACAAGAGGUCGGCCAAUAUGAGGGCGGAUCGAGCGAGCAACUCGUACGUUCCGAUCACUAUAAGGCCACGCACAAAAAGUUUCGCCAAAUCCACAUGACAACGGCGAUCCUUAACAUCGUGUCGCUAACGUGCACCUGCAUUCAUCUGCUCUACCUAGCGACGAAAGUGAACGUCUAAAAAACCCGCCCGCUGGCUGGACGGGAGAGCUACAUUCGGUCCAAUUCCGGCGCUAUGUGCAUUUUGUUCGCAACAGAAUACUGUGCGGUAUUCAUCUUUCAUCCCACGAUCAACUGACGAACGCGGCGGUGUUUCGCUACGCUACACCAUCCCUCCAUUCGCACAGCUCUCUUGCAAUCUCAAAAGUGGUUCGCGCUUCGCCUUCCAAGCCUUACGUAGUACUCAUCAAGAGCAUGGGCACCAGCACCAGCAGCAAUCAUUAUCAGUUAUCAGUAUUUAAGAAAAACAGCACUUUAGCCGUCGCCAUCUCAAUACCUCCCCAAGCCUAGCUGGCCAACCUGAACGAGCCGCCAACCGAAAAAUUUCAGUAUUUGGUGGAACGGAAACGGAACACGGUUUCGAGUAGAAUGAAUAUAGAACGGUCAGUUUGGUUGGCUUGGGCAAAAAAACAGACAACCUUCUCCAUCUUUUGACACCCUCCCCGAC